UGUCGCGCUGAAAGUGGUAAGUCAUAAAAAUGAAAGUAAAAGUAAAAAUCUUGUGCGUUUUUAGACGUGUAUGAGGAAGCAGCGUUUUCAUAAUUCCUUUUCAGUAGCCUACCUUAAUAUUGUUUUCGAGUUUUAACGUACUCAUAAAAGUCUGGAAAUUUUGUAGACUUUCGUUGACCUAAUGAUGAAAAUCAAGAUGAGAGUUUUCUGUUGGCUUCUAUGGAUGUUCUGCGCUAUCAGGACGGAAGCGCUUGGUCCUGCGAUGUCCCUAGUUGUCCAGUUGGGGGCGUCUGUGACGUUGCCGUGCUCUGUAGAUACCCCACUACCUCUGCACCUGCUGGAGGUGCAGUGGAGGAGGGAGGAUUCUGGAUCCCUGGUGCAUCUGUUCCAGGAAGGAGAGAGUAGGCCAGAAUCACAGAGCCCAGCUUACAGCGGCAGGGCAGAUUUUUUCUCUGAAGAUAUCUCCAAAGGAAACUUCUCUCUGCUGCUUAGGAAUGUCACUACUGAAGACAAAGGGCUGUACAAGUGUGUAGUUCGCACUGAACACGAGUCCCAUGAAACAGAGGUGACAAUAGAUAUUGGUUUUAACACGUGGCAUUUAUGUGUCCUGGGCUUAACCAUCGCUGCUGCGGGUUUUGCUGUUAUAAGCUGCAUUCCUGCUCUUUUGUGUAUAAACAAAGAAAAAAAGAAAAAAGAAAAAAAAGAGGAAAUAAAGGAAGUUAAAAGCAACACGGCCGUGUUGCUAUAUUGCCUUCAAGUCUCCGUUCCAUGCAUCCUGAUGUCCAUCGCAUUCGCCAUAUGGGGUUAUAUUGAAAGCUCUUUUGCAGAGGCUUAUACUUGCAGUGCUAUAAAUCUCACAAGGAUCCUAGUGCUAUUUAAGGUGGCUCCAUAUGUACUUCCUGGUACAUUUUACAAGAGAUUCACAAACUUGGCCCUGCCUUUGGAGAAUUUUGUCAUUAGAACAGGGAUAAAUUCUGCUGUUCUCUAUAAUUUUUUGACAUACCAAGCCCCAGAUGCAGCAAGAAAAUUUUUUUGUGGAUUCACGUUUGCACUUGUGCUGUUGUACGAUUUAUCGGCAGUUUGUAUUUCAGGGAUAAAGUUUUCCUCAGGGUAUGACUACCUAAGUUACAUCAUCGACACAGAAUUAUUCUUUCUGAUUUUCAUACGUUCGGCGUAUGGUUUCACAGUGGGUAAGUUGGCCUUUAAAACAAUUCUUACUAAACAAUACCAAGCAUAUACAGGUAGGCUAGUGCACAAAAAUGUGAACACUUGGGUAUAUGAGGGACAGCAAAUAUGUGCCUAUCAUGCCCAUGUGACUCAUCAGAGUAAGCAAAUAACAUCCAAAUUCAUCCCAGGGUUAGGGUGACAAAAUGCAGUCCUGGAGGCCUGCAGUGUCUUCUGGUUUCCAAUGUGUUUCUCCACUAAUUCAAGUUUUUGAUUGGCUACAUAAUCUACACACCUUGUACUGAAGGCCUUAAUUGGCUGCUGACUGAAAGGAAACCACAAAUAACUGCUGACACUUUGGCCCUCCAGGACUUCAGUUUGACACCCCAAGGGGGGUAUACUGUGAAGGCAGGUUAACAUAGCCAGGGUUUCUUUGCAUUAGCUGGCAUGACAACUGUACUCAGGCUGAACCAGAAUCAUGAAGGUGGUUAUCAUCUUUCUUUGUUAAUCCAGCUCCAUGCACCUUCCAUAGAAGUGCCAGUGUCUGCAAAACUGAGUCUAUAGCAGUACAGCAUGGACCAUACUGGAGCAGCCUAUUAUUCACCUGCGGAAAAAAGGACUCAUAUGGACUGAUAUAGUGGAUGGUUACAAAGAAAAUAAAACAAUCAUAAUGUCAAAAGGCGACAUUGUUGCUGUCAACAAAGCCAGGAACACGGGUUGGUUAAAAAAUAAAAAGCUAAUAGAGUAAAGGCACUAAUAGCUUAUUGACCUUAUCACUGCUAACAAAAUCUACACUCUCACUAAUUGUCCUACAGAUCAAAUCAAAAUGUAUUUAUAUAGCAUCACUUCACAAACAACCCUGGCCUAAACCCCGACAGGAGCAAACCUGAAGUAACAGUGGCAAGCUAAAACUACCUGUAACAGAUAGGAAGAAACCUCUGAAGGAACCAGGGUCAAGGGGGAAACCCAUCCUCCUCUGGUCAGCUCAGGGUGUAGCUUUAUGACCAACAUGGUCCGUCAGUCAAUGUUCACGUUGAUCAGAUUAGUGGCAGCUAGAUGACAAUCCUGAGGUAGCGGCUCAUGCGGCUACAGUUUAUUUCUAAUGUGAUAACUGCACAUUCUAGAGCUCCUAAACCUUAAACUUGAUCCAGGAUAUUUAAAAUAUUGCCUGAAACAAUCAUACCAAAGUUUAUUCAUAAACUCAGGAAUUAUGGGACUCAAGGCCAUUGUCCUAUAAAUACGGAAAGUAUACAGUGUUGCUUGAAAGUUUAGGGAUGGUCAUUA